AUGGAUGACAACCUGGUCCAGCAGAUCGAUCUGGCACGGGCUCACCGGCUGGGCCAGCUACGUGAAGGAGCACCCCGAUGUCGUCCUAUCGUGGCCAAACUCCUGGACCCCAGGCACAAGGCUGUCAUCAUGCGGAGAGGCAAGGAGCUCAAGGGGACCAAGCUCGCCCUGAGCGACCAAUUCCCUCCAGAGAUCAUGAAGCGACGCAAACUUCUCCAUCCAGCCCUAGCCGAAGCGAGGACCGCGGGAAAGCGAGCAAGGCUGUCCAUAGAUAAACUCUACAUUGAUGGAAGACUUUACCGCAACUCUAAAGUCACAUACUGGCUCUCUGGUGGCGACGAGGCAGCCACACGUGAGUAA